GAGGGAGUAUAGUGAGAGUCUCGGACUGGUUAGCCUACCUAUCCACUAGGAGGAGAGGAGAGGCAGCCGAGCAGCAGCAAAACAAUAAACACCUACUACUACAAAUCACAUCGGCGGAGUUCACGGCACACGCAAUCAAAAAGAAAGAAAGAAACAGGAGUAAUACUAACAGACAACUGAGACAAAACGACAUUGUGUUCGGCCGGGAGUGAAGUCACACAGCCAUGUAUCUGAACAGGGAAGAGGACAACAGCAAAGGCUCGGUGUCCCUCAGUGUGUUCCUGGUCUCCCUCGCAGUGACAGUUUGUGCAGUUUGGCUGGUGGCUCUUUGUGGCGUCUGUGGUUGGUGUCAACGGAAGCUGGGAAAGAGGAACAAGCCGGGAGUGGAAACAGCCGACACUCCAGACUCUGCACGUGGGCGAGGGGAGAAGAAAGCCAUCAAUGAUCUAGACAGAGACUUUUGGAAUAACAAUGACAGCAGCACAGUGCAGCAGAGGUGGAGCUCCUAUCCGCCCAAGGAGUUUGUACUAAACAUUUCUCCCUAUGCCCCAUAUGGAGAUCCUCGCCUCACGCUCAAGUGAGUCUUGAUCCAAGUUUGGUAAGAGACUUUCCCUCUGAGCAGGGCUGUAAUGAGGCAGGGGCAGCACUGCUCUCUUUCUUUUUCUCCUUUUCCUUUUUCUUUUCCUAUCUUCCCCUUCCGACAUAUUCCCUUCACCUGCUUUGCUGUCAUCACCAUUAGCAAACUCAUCCAAAUUCUGAUUGGAUGUUGAUAAUUUCCAUACAUAAAGACCAAAUCUUCUCACAGAUAACGGGGAUAUUUACUGGAACGCUCAUUUUAUAAAUGCAAUAAAAAUGUGCAUAUUUGUUGACCUGCUUUUGUUAUAUAACGUCAUUUCCAUCAACUGUAGCAACAACAACAACAACAACAAUGAUGAUGAUGAUGAUAAUAACCCGACCACUGUUGGCACACUGGAGGGCACAAAUGAUUGCUAAUGAUGGCUCUGGUUGGGAAAUCUGAGCACAGCAAAUGCCACUUAUGCACAUUACAGCAUCCUGUUAAAGGCAUUUGACUAUUAGUGCAUCAACAAAAUAGCAUAGUCAUAAAGCCCCCCAGCAUCCUUCUGCUGCUUCUCUUCAUAUUGCGCCUCGCAAAAGUAUGUACACCCCUUCAUAUUUCACACAUAUUUCAUCCACAAACUGUGAAAAAGCAACACAAAGUAUAGCAUAAUUGUGAAUUGGAAAGAAAAUGAUAAAUUGUUUUAAAAUAUUGUGGGAAGAUAAAAAAGAGUGAAAAGGCAGUUGAGCAUUUGAACCCACCGCCUUUUACUCUUAUGCCUGUAUAUACAUUUUAGUGCAGUCAGUUGUCAUCUAAUUAGCUUGAUGCUUGUUUAUCUCCUUUUACUGUGAAGACCUCAGGGGUAAAUGAGGUCAGACAAGUCAAAGAGCCAAGAGUCCCAUAGUAACUAUGGAAGAGCUGAGGAGAUUCACAACUUAAAUGGAAUAGAGGAUAACGUUUCAGAAGGACAAUGAUCUGAAACAUACAGCCACAGCUACAAUGUAGUAGUUUAGAUUAAAGCAUACUCAUGUGUUUGAAUGGACUAGUCAAAGUCCAGACCUUCAUGAAUGUGUGUAAGGAUUUACAAAAGAUGUUUGCAGAUGCUAUUCAUCUAAUCUGGCUGAGCUUCAGCUGUUUGAAAAGAAGAAUCAGCAUAAAAUUCAAUUUCUAGAUGUGCUACACCGUGCUACACGGUUUUAACAAAUGCUGUUUAAAUGCAAAUGCAUGCAACAUAUUUCUGAUUUACAAUAUAUGUUCUGCCACUUUACGUCUUUGUUUUAUUUUGUGUUGGUCUUUCCCGUAAAAUCAAAGUAAAACACAUUUCAGUUUGCCAGCAUUAAACGACAAAGGAGUGUGAAUACUUUUGCAAGGCUAUAUAUAAUAUCACCUUUAAGUGAUGCACAGACGCCCCCUCACUCUCUACAGCCCUGCUGCUCCACACUAACUCCUGACCUAUAACCUCGCCCCUCUCUGCCCAUGGUGUGACCAUGGAGACGGACAACCCUCAUUUUCCUCCCCUCCAAAACCACUUUUAACCAACCUUUUUUGGUGAUGUUUGAAAUCUGCCUGUCCUCCGCCUGUUUCUUAUAUCUGUGUGGUCCUGUUGUGGAGGGUUGACCGUUACCACCAGGUUGCAGUGUGGUGACAGUUCUCACUUGUACUUAACAUCCAUUUGUGGCUUACUCUUGAAUUCUCCCCCCAUCAAUGUAAUAUCAACAGUGUGUGCUGCACUAACAUUGAAUCACUUGAACUGCAUCUGCUCUCUGCCAUCUUUGGGAGACAAUAUAACACUGUUUUCUUUCUCCUUAUUGCUGUAAAAGUCUCACUUGAUUCCAAUGAAACUCCGGCAAGGUCACCUCUGGGCCCUGAGAGGUCAUUUAGAUUCUGGGAAUUGAUCUGAUAAAACUCCUGAUAAUUGGUCAUCUUAACCAGAUUGCCCAGGAAAAAAGGCUGCACUCAAAUCUUUGCAUUUCAGUAUUUAAGAAAGCAUUUAAGUUUCCCAUUUGUUUCCUAUCAACAUCUGAGUCAUUAGAUCCUGCCUUCAUGUGUGAAAAGUGGUGCGUUUUCUCUACUACAGAAAUAAUCUGCUAAAUCACUGGUGUGUGGGACUGAAAAAUAGUGACAUUCAGUCAAAGUGAGACUAUAUAAUGAUAAGUUUCUCACAGGGAGAGACGAAGGCGACCUCUUGACUCCCACCAAUAAUACGUCGCUAAAGCCAACAGACAGCUGGGAAAUAAUUUCCUUUCUGAGACUCCCUCGAGACGAGCAGCUUUCCGUCGUCGUAAUGACACCGGGCCUCAUUUAGUCAGUUGCCCUGUAGAAAGGAUUUAGUGGAUUUAAUGAUAAUUUUUAAACAUUUCAACAGCCAUAACAUUCUCUUCGUAAAGGGUUAUAGCUAUUGAAAUAUUAAAGUCAUAAUUUAAUAAAACCUGUUCAGGUAAGGAAAUGGUAUUUAUACUGACUUCCACUUUUAUUGGCAACUCUAGUGGAGCAGUGUAAAAAAUAACAAUUAUAUUAAACAUUUAUUGAAAUGGCAGACAAUAAAAAUCGGCAAACCCAGCGUUUAUUUUUAGUACUUAUAGUCAAAUGUAUAAAAAUUGCACAAACACACACACACACCCCGCCCCCACACACACAGAAAAUCAUCAUUUUGGUGCUGUAUCCACACAUCUUGGUUUUACUCCCGUUAAAUUGGCCCCUUUUGUAAGUUAGUACCAGUGAUUCUUAAUGUCCUUCUGUCACUCUCUACAUCCAUUUGUACUUAUUUCAUAGCCAUGUAUUCUAAUAUUCCUGUUUUAUUUUAUUUUUCAUUCAUUUAAAAAGUUAUAGAUGAAAAUUGGAUGAGUUAUAGAUGUCAAAUUUGAUAGAAAGUCUCAAACCUCAGUAUAUUUUUCUAUUGUGUAUUGAAAUGGAGAGAAAAGUAAAGAGUGUGUCAUACCGCUUUCCAGAUUACCUGCUUGGGGCUAUUGACUGUCAUUAUAUACGGCAGAUUAUGAUCAAUGAUGUAACCAAAACAACUUCAGAUGGUAUAAAUUAUUUGUCUGAGUCUUAUUACAGUAGACUGUGAGAGGAAAAUUACUUCAGAUCGAGUAAUGUCCGAUCAGGCAUGAGAUGUGUCACUGGUGGCUACUGUAGUAUACAAUAGAUUAUGCCAUUUUCUUCUUAAAAAAGGUGAGAAAAAUACAAACAAACUGUAAAAGUAUGAAAUGACGAAUCACCAAGGUGACCAGUUAUCUCUGGAUUCCUUACUAGUUAAUUUAAUUUUUUUAAAUGACAUGUUUAACUGUAUUUA